AUGUGCGACCAGAAGAUCAGCUAUGCCUCGGUCGCGAUCUCAUCCGCCGCCGCGAGCUGCAGCGAGACACACAACGCGAUCCUUCACGUCCCGGCGGGCGACGGCCCCUUCCCGCUCCUCGUCUACCUCCACGGCGGCUUCUGGAAGCCAGAGUGGACCCGCGAGGCGACCGGCUCCGCCGCCUUCCUGGCCACCUUCACGUCGCCGCCCGCCGAGGUUGCGGCAGCGUCGCCGCUCGGACCCGUCGCGACGUUGAGCGUAGAAUACGCCAGGGUGGCGCAGGAUGAUCCGGCAAACUCCGAGGGCGGCGGCGGCUUCCCGGGCACGCAGCUCGACGUCCUCGCCGCGGUCAACGAGGUGGCCUCGCUGCACCGGGCUGGCGGUGAGGAUGGCACGGCCGGCGCAGCGGCGGCGCGGCUCGACCUCGGCUCCGUCUUUCUCGCCGGCCAUUCCGCCGGAGGCCAGAUGGCGCGCUGCCAGAGGACAGAGCAGUUUGCCGAACCGGAAGAACCGCAGCCUGACGGCGCCGCUGCCGGCGUAGGCGCUGUGGCUCGGCCUCCUCUCCGCCCUCCCCGCGCAGGUGCGCCGCGCGGCCAUCGGCGAGGUGGUCGGCCGCAGCGACGGCGCGCCGUGCCUCGAUGCGGGCACGCAGCGAUGGGGCAU